UUCUCUUCAUUCAUCCCAACAAAAAAAAUAAAAAAAAAAUAAAAAAGAACAUGAGAAUGGCACUUUUCAAGAAUAGCCCACAAUUCUUCUUGAUCCUUUCCAUGGUGGUUAUCACUAAGGUGUCAGCAAGAGGUCCAAUCUAUACCCCUCCUAGUGUUGACAGACUAACAGAUCGUUUCAGCCAAACUGGGGUUACUCAAGGUUACAAUGUGCUCUAUGGGGGUCACAAUAUUCAACUCAAAAACAAUGGGUCCAGUGCUGAUCUUGUCUUGGACAAAUCUUCAGGAUCUGGGUUGGUGUCAAAAGACAGAUACUACUAUGGCUUCUUCAAUGCUGCUAUCAAGCUCCCUGCUGGUUUUACCUCUGGAGUUGUGGUGGCCUUUUAUGGUGGCAAGAAUAUUUUGUGUUUUUGGGUUUGUGUGCAGAUGUCUAAUCAAGGUGUUUAUCCACACAACCAUGAUGAAAUAGACAUUGAAUUGCUUGGGUAUGAUAAGAGGAGAGAUUGGGUGUUGCAGACCAAUCUUUAUGGCAAUGGAAGUGUGAAAACAGGGAGGGAAGAGAAGUUCUAUCUUUGGUUUGACCCAACUCAAGCUUCCCAUGACUAUUCCAUACUCUGGAACUCUCAUCACAUCUUCUUCUUAGUGGACAACAUACCAGUAAGAGAGGUGGUGAACAAUGCAGCAAUUUCAACAGUGUACCCAUCAAAGCCAAUGUCAGUAUAUGUGACAAUAUGGGAUGGGUCAGAAUGGGCUACACAUGGUGGGAAGUACCCAGUGAAUUACAACUAUGCCCCCUUUGUGGCAUCCAUGGGAAGGGUAGAAUUGGAAGGGUGCACCAACAGCAGCUCAGAUUGUACAAGAAGAAGCCCUUCAAGUUUGGAGGGGGAAGGGUUUGUGAAGCUAACUCAGCAGCAGAUUUCAGGGUUGCAGUGGGCACGUGGGAAGCACAUGUUCUAUUCUUAUUGCCAAGAUAAAGCUAGAUACAAAGUCUUGCCACCAGAGUGCACUUCUAAAUAAUAUAUAUAUAUAUGUGUUCAACUUUUUUUUAAUUAUUAUUUAUUUUUAUUGGAGCUAGGAUGAAUCAUUUUGCUAUGGAAAAAUAAGAGUUAAUCAAUAUUUUAGUAUCUCAA